GUCCUAAUGGAUAAUUGAUAUGGCUUUAUUGGCUGCUGUGGUUCGAAAUUGGACACGAUUUCCAACGGCACGCAGACAUCACACAUUGUGAAAAAAAAAAAAUGGUACUAAAUGAACAGCGUCACUGCUUCAUCAAUCCUUACUUCCCCCACGAGCAGGAUCAGACACACAGUCGAGCUAGACUCCAUAGAGUUUCGAAAAUCACACCCCGCCAAUGGAGCUCUACAGCAGAGCCUUCUCUCCCAGCUCUCUUCACAUUCCCAAGCCCUCGUCAGUUUGUGGGACUGAGAAGAGAUUUAGGGUUUGGUGUCUCAACAACGGCAGCAACAAGAAGAACGCCUCUGAUCAAUCUGAGAAGGAAAACCAGAUGAUUAUAGCAAUAACCGGAGCAACCGGUUUUAUAGGUAGAAGAUUGGUGCAACGGCUGUAUGCAGAUAAACAUUGUGUUCGUGUGUUGACACGGUCUAGAUAUAAUGCUCAAUUAAUUUUUCCUGCCAAAGACUUUCCUGGAAUUGUGAUUGCGGAGGAGCCGGAGUGGAAAGAUUGUAUUCAUGGUUCCGAUGCUGUUGUAAAUUUGGCAGGAGUGCCAAUCAGUACAAGAUGGUCUUCUGAGAUAAAGAAAGAGAUAAAGGAAAGUAGAAUUAGAGUCACCUCAAAGGUUGUAGGUCUCAUAAAUGGUGCACAAGAUGAACUUCGACCUACAGUUAUGGUUAGCGCAACCGCUGUUGGUUAUUAUGGCUCCAGUGAGACACAAGUAUUUGAUGAACAAAGUCCAUCAGGAAAUGAUUACUUGGCUGAGGUUUGUAGAGAGUGGGAAGCAACAGCCCUUAAAGUUAAUAAGGAUGUUAGAUUGGCACUUGUUCGUAUUGGUGUUGUUCUUGGAAAAGAUGGUGGUGCUUUAGCUAAGAUGAUCCCACUCUUUAUGAUGUUUGCUGGUGGACCUUUGGGCACUGGAAGGCAAUGGUUUUCCUGGAUUCAUUUGGACGACAUUGUGAACCUAAUAUAUGAAGCAUUAUCCAAUUCUUCUUAUCAAGGAGUGAUCAAUGGAACUGCACCAAACCCCGUUCGACUGGCGGAGAUGUGUAACCAUUUGGGAAAUGUCUUGGGUAGACCAUCAUGGCUGCCUGUCCCUGACUUCGCAAUCAAAGCAGUCCUUGGAGAAGGUGCUUCUGUGGUAUUGGAAGGGCAAAGAGUGGUUCCUGCUAGAGCCAAGGAGUUGGGUUUCCUAUUCAAAUACCCAUAUGUCAAAGAUGCUCUAGAAGCCAUCCUUUGAUCUGGCUUGUUUUCAAAAGCUAGUAUUGGUUUCAUUGUUUUUUUAAUGUAGGUUCGGUUGUCUGAAUGUUGAAUUGGGCACCCGGACCCAGAGUUUCAUCUUCAUGAGUUUGAUGUAAAUGCCUUAGGGCCAUGGAAUGCCCAGGUUUUUAUGUAAUUGCUUGAUAUUUUUGUGAGUGGAGACUCAAGUCUCCCUUUCUCUUGGGUAUUUCCAGACUUACUGUACAUAUUCAUUUUGGUCAAUACAUUUACGUUUAGUGAUCGAAAAAAAAAAAAAAAGAGAACUUGUGGGUUACAUA